UUUUUUAUAAUUUUUACUGUACCCUCAGGGACCUCAAGGGAACCCUAGACGCGACAACAUGGCCCCACGUCUUUUAUGCUCAGAGAUGACGGUAAUCCCACCACACCUUCUCUCCUCGAUGUUUACAUUGCUAUCCAUGUGGGCAGAUCAUGUGGCUUUGCACCUCCUUACCUUAUGCCAAAAGCUCCGUUCUAAACGCACUGUAAUCCUUGACGGCCGAAACCGACCUCGCCUAGCGCGUCUUUCAUGUCUCAGUUCGCACCAGACACCCAACCGAAGAGCCGGUUGCCGCCGCCAUCGUGAAGGCCCUUCGAGCGGCACCGAGUCCGAUGACAUCUUCACAAAAAUCGCAAGCCACAGUUCAACAUGCAUCCUAGUGGUUACCUAUGUGUGUAUUGGGGGGUCGGGAUUGAAUGUUUUCAACCUUGAUAUUUACGACUUGGGUCUUGGAUCCGAAGGAGUCUGAUAUCUCUAACCAACAAGCGAACUAGCCCUUUUGGCUACUUACACGCAUACAUAUAAAACUGUGACUGCUGCUGCUUUUGACUCGUAUCCACCCCAAAAAAUAAAUACCAAGGUUCAUCAUGGUUUCGCCGUAUGAGAUGAUUGGGGGGUGUUGAACAACAAACAAGUACGAGAAAGAUAGAUUGCUCACCAGACCCACGUGAGAGCGAUU